GUGUACGCAAUGGCGAAUAGGGUGGAAAAAAUCCUAGGAACUAACUAGCCUUUAAUUUAGGAAAGAUCAAAUACUCUGUAACCAAAUGCCCAUGAUGAGUAACCAGCCAUUCAAUAUCCCCAGCAUAGCUGAGGAGCUUCGCCGGGAUGAGACUAUUCACCAGAUUGUAGAUUCCCUUGAAUACCUCGACAAGAUUGCCGAUGAAAUCUUCACUCGUAUUCACACCAGAGUGGCAAACAACCAAGCUAACUUACAAAAAUUAAAUGACAGAGUGAGUCUCGCUGAAGCAAAAAUAAGUAAGAUUAGCGGAAGUAAAAAAGCAACAAAUGUCUUCGCUUCUGCUAAAUAUCCUGCACCAGACACAACAGAAUUUUAUGAAACCGUAUUUAAACCAGAAAAUAAAUUGAAAAGUCCAAAGAGACAGAGUUAUCAUGUACAGGAUAAACAUAAGACUGUAGAUGAGAGUGUGUUGAAGGAGAAGCUACAGUAUUAUCAUGUUAAAGGAGGUAGAAAGAAAAAGAACGACCAAAAUCGUGGAGAGGGUCUCGGUGGACUGCCCAGAGAAAUACCAUCAGUCAGUGCCUUACUUCUAUUUAAUACUUCUGAAAAUCCGUAUAAGAAAUAUGUAAUCAAGGAUCCUCUAGGUGUGGUCACAAAGACUCGAACAGCGUUAGAAGAGGAGGAUUUUGGGAUGGCAGAUGCACCAAACACAAUCAAAACAAAUGAAGAGCUGCAGCAUUUACAAGCAGAUAACUAUUUCUAUGUUCCAGGAAUUGGAGAUGUUCCAGAGCUUGAUUUGCCUAUAGCACUGCCAAAUCUAUUAGGAGUUGCUGAUGAUGUAACAUUCAGUGCUGACCAAGAUAGCUCUAUUGCACCAACUGUGAUGGGUGGUAACAUUCCAGACUUGCCUUCAGUUGUACCAACAACUGAACCUCUACCAGCAGGUCCAGCAUCAGAGGGUGGACCACCGCCCCCACCGUCUGGACCUCCCCCGCCGGAACCACCACCACCUCCACCCCCUUCUGGGGCUCCACCCCCACCACCACCGCCACCACCACCAGGUCCUCCUCCACCUGGUGCCCCACCUCCACCCCCACCCAGUGUGGCUGGAGCUCCGCCUCCACCUCCACCUACUGAUGUUCCACCUACAGUAAGCGGUGGAGAUGGAGGGCGCACAAGUUUAAUGGAUGCCAUAAGAAAAGCUGGAGGAACAAAAGGGGCAGGGCUUAAGAAUGCAAAGGACAAACAUGAUGAAAAGAAAAAGAAGAAAAAGGAGGAGAAACAGAGCUCAGGCGGUGCUAGUAAAGGAGGAGGAGAUUUAAUGGGUGAUCUAUUUGCUAAGUUGACUAUGAGAAGAAAAGGUAUAUCUGGAUCAGGCAAAACUGGGGACGGAGGAGGGGGAGGUGGAAAGAGCGAGGGUGCGGGAGUCGGUGAUGCCAUGGACAAAAUAUCAUCAAUGAUUCCCGCACCACCAAAACCUGCGGAGAGUAGCAGUCCAACGGGUGGUGAUGAAGAAGAGGACUGGGAAUGAUAAGUUAAAAUAGAUAGUGAUAAUUUGUGCAAUAUGUGAUAUUGAAUUGUGCUAAAUUUUAAUUAAUGUAUGAAAGUUUGUUUUGUUUGUUUAUUAAGGUAAACCAAAUAAUUAAUGAUUUUCUUUUUUUAAUCAGAAUGGUAAGCUUGCUAUCUUGAUGGUAACUUAGUUUUUACAGAUAUUGGUCUGGACAGAUUACAAUAAUAAAAUCUUUGUUGUUAGGGAUAUGAACUCAACCUGAAAGUGCGUAAUUUAUUUUGAAAUUUAUGUAAAAACCGGUAGUUUAUUAAAGCCAAUUACCAGUAUAAACAUACACUCUUUGACUAGCACUUUAAGGCUCACAAUGAUCAGUUUUUCAUACUAUUACUUGACAUAUACAUUUGUAUAAAAUGUUGCUAAAUAAUGUGAAAAAUAUUCUGACUUACAAUAUACAAAACUGUAAUUUACUUGGUAAGUUUGAGUCUUUAUCAGUAUGUUCUGUAGAAUAAUAAAUAUUUAUCAUGAUUAAGAAUGAUUUUUUUUGAAAUUGUUUAAUAAUUCUUAUUAUGAUAUAAAUGAUUAUUUAUAUGUAAAUUAAUGGGGGAAAAAUAUUGAAACAUUCCAUAAUGAUUAAGUUAUUUUUUGUUAACAAAAAGGAUUACAUUUUGAUGGGUCAUUGCGAAAGGAAUGUUACUCAUUCUUUAUUAGCUCACCAGAGCCGAAGACUCAGGGUGAGCUAUUAGUAUCAAAGGGGGAUACUCCGGCGUCAUGCGUCAACAAUCGUCUUUUUCUCUGAAACUGCUGGGCAGAUUUACUUCAAAUUUGGUCUGUAGCAUCCUUGUGACAGUCACACUUGAAUUUGCUCAUGUCAUUUCAAUUAGCCCCUUUUAGGGGUCAACAGAGCUAAAAAUAGAAAAACCUUUAAACAUCUUCUUCUACAGAACUAAUUGAUGGAUGAUCACCAAACUUUGUCUGUAGCAUUCUUGGGCAGUCUUUUAUCAAAUUUGCUCAUAUUAAUUUGAUUGGCCCCUUUUAGGGGUCUCUAGGGCUAAAAAUAGAAAAACCUUUAAACGUCUAUUUCUACAGAACUAAUUGAUGGAUGAUCACCAAACUUUGUCUGUAGCAUUCUUGGUUAGUCUGUUAUUAAAUUUGCUCAUAUUAAUUAACCCUUGAAUGUAUAUUAAUCAUUAACGUCUACCUUGAGCCAAGUUUUUGUGAUUUGUCUGCAGACAUACAUACAAAACAGCUUAAUAUAGGCAAGACAUACAGUAGCCAUUUGAAAUGAUUUUUUAUGUAGCUAUACAGGUUAUGUCGCAUAACAUAAUUAUGAUGUUGGAGCAUGGGUCACAUUGCCUCACCAGGUAGUCUUAUCAUUUGUUCUGUGUAAUCAAAUUAAAUAAUAUCAUGCUUGAUUUUUACAUGUACAGGCAGCAAUGGGGUGUUAAAUAUUGGUUAAAAAAUUUAUAAGUUUGUUGAGUAUUCAGUAUUUAAAUGCUAUUGUCCAUGACGUAUUGUCAUGACAGUAUUCAUAUUUAUAUAAAUUUCGGCAGCUGGCAGAGUGAGCCCUUGAUUGUACAUAUAGUUCACAGAUAUUAAUUAAACACAUAGAGUUAAAAAACGUCAGUUACAUAUACUGUCUACAAACAUUGAUAACACAUACAGUUCGCAAAAAAAGACAGUUACAUAUACUGUCUACAUUGAUUAAAAACAUCAAUUCCAUUUUAUACCGUUUACAAACAUUGAUUACACUUACGGUUCAAAAACAUCAGUUACAUUUAUGACCUUCAGGUUGAACACAGUUGCACCAACUCUAUGGCCACCAUGAGAAAGUUACUAUAAAGUUUCUAUGAACUGUUGGUAUAUUUGAUUGAUUUCUGUCCUACUUAGUAGCAUAAGGGAGAGCAUCACAUUUGUAAUCAAUGGGUCACUGGCUGAGACACAGGAAAGAAACCUUUGCAAUAAUAUUAACUUAAUAUUUUAAUGCUCUUAUUAUUUUACUCUGACAAAUUCCACAUUCAAAUAAAUUUCACACUCAUCUUUGUAUACUUCAGCUUGAGUUAAAGUUAAUCCUGCAAAAUUGCUUGACUUUAUGGUGAAAAUAUUUUCAUACCGUAAUAAAGUGCACUUAGAGAAAAAACUUUUUUUUUCAAAUUAAGGACAAUAGAAAUGGCACCCUAUAUUUGCCUUGUAUAUUGCUAAUUAUCAGAGACUUAUGCUCUUUUAUUUUACAAGGCACAAAUUAUCAUUUACACUUCAGAUACAUCAGAAAUAUGGAAGAGACAUCUUAUAUAUAUCAUAAUUAUAUGAAAUAUACAAUACCAUUGGAUUUUACUGGUGCUAAAAUGUACUGUAUGUACAUAUAUGUGGUUGACUGAUUUUUAUGUCCUGAAUGAUUUUAUGUUGUUAUGUUAUUUAUUUAUUAUGCCAUUUCAAACUGAAAACAAAGAAUACAUCAUGAUAAUAAAAUUGUUAUGUAAAUUAGAAGUCAAAUGAAUUAAUCCUGUUCUCUGUUAAUAAUGUAUCACCAUCUUUUGAUCAGGACAUUUUACACAAACAGAUAUGUUUAAUUAUUGGAUAUAUCGUUAUUGAAGAACAGUCUGGGUACCUAAAUGGGUAACCUGAUUUUGAAAUUCUAUCUAAUCUCUUACACUGACUAUAAUUUUUAUUAGCAACAGACAGUUAAGAUUUGUGUUGUAUGAUACAUUGUAAUAUCAAUUUAUGUUGCUGUACUGUUAACAAAUCUGCUCCAAGGCGAAUUAUCUGUUGAACUUUGUAUAACUGGGAUAAUAAAUUAAGAAAAAAUUUAUACAUGUACAUGUGUAUUCUUUGAAAUCUAGACAUGGAAAUAAGAUUUUCUCUGCGUAUAACUCGUACCUUGCUGAAACUACAUUUAAAAGUGACAAACCUUUGCCACUGUUACAGAGCCAGGCCAGUCUGUACAAUGAGUUUGAUUAGGCUUUAAAAUGUACCAAAGGAAUAGCUAUAACGUUGUGUAUUUCUAUACUGAAAUAAUGAAUAAAAUGCUCAAAAUUUCAGGUCAACUCCAUUAUACAAAUUUAGCAGGUUAUGGAUUAUGUACAAUGCUUUUUAAAGAAACUGGUCAGAAAUAAAUAUGUUUGUACUUUUCAUUUUGCUGCCAUUGUAGGUAAUGAAAUAAGUUUACAAGGGAUACAACUCUUUCAAAGUACUUAAGAUAAUUUACUAAAAGUAAGGACUUUUAAUUCAUUAUCUUUUCACUCUUUAUUUCUGACAAUUCCAUUAUAUUUUUUUCAAUCUCAGUAGUUUCAAACAUAAAAAUAAAUGUAAGCAGCUUGUAGAGUCAGACUGCAUGGAUAUGUUGCUUCAUACUUGUUGCAAAUGUAGUUCUGUAGCUUUGUUCUGUUGCUUUAUUGUUUACUGACCUGUGAUAAAUACUCGUUCAUGGACCUGAUUAAAAGUUGAUCAAAUUAAUAAAUGUUUCAAGUAUAUAUUAUAAAUGAUGUAUAUGUUUUAUUGAAAAUAAAGAAUUUUAUUAUUUGA